AUGCUUAAGCUCAUGAUCUUGCCGACUCAAACGGCUAAGUACUCUUCCAAUGCCUUGGUUGAGCAACUUAGUUUGGGACCUUGUAACUUGGCGAGUUGGUAUGGUCAGUGCUUCCUCUGGUACAAGCUGCUCCUCUGCUUCAAGCUCUCCAGCUGCUUCCUGGUCCAAGUCUUUAGCAACCUCCUCCAUGAUCAUAUCAGUUUGCCAAGUGAAGACCCCAUUGACCACCUUGAUGAGUUUGAUAGGCUUUGUGAUUUGACAAAGAUCAAUGGUGUCUCUGAAGAUGCCAUCAAGCUGAGACUCUUUCCUAUGUCUCUAGCUGACAAAGCUCACCAAUGGGAGAAGAGCUUGCCCCAUGGCACAAUCACCACUUGGGAUGAAUGCAAGAAGGCCUUUCUUGCUAAGUUUUUCUCCACCGGUCGCACAGCCAAGCUUAGAGGAGAGAUAUCCAGCUUCAUCCAGCGAAACAAUGAGACAUUCGCAGAGGCUUGGGAGAGGUAUAGGGAGAUGCUAGACACAGCUAGCAAUGGGAACUUCCUCAACCAGGAUGUAGAUGAUGGCUGGCAACUUGUGGAGAACAUAGCUAACUCAAAUGGAAGCUAUGGAGAAGAGUAUGAUCGCACCAACCGGAGCUCGACCCACCACUCGAUCGAGUCAGACGAAAAGUUGAGAAAAGAUGUUAAGGCAUUGAAUGAGAAGUUGGAUAAGCUGAUCCUAGCUCAGUCCACAAUGAAGAAAGUCAACUUUGUGUCUGCUGAGGAGAUGGAACCAGUCCAAGAAGGGGAGGAUACACAAUUUGCUGAGGACCAAGUCUAUCCUCAACAACAAGCAGCUCGAUCGAGUCAAGCCACAACAUGGGUAUGGUCAAAAGAACAACUACCAAGGCCCCAAGGGACUUUUCCUGGUCAGCAAAUGCACAUACCACCUGGCUUUCCCCACCAACCACCCCAGCCUGCACCUACACCUGAGAAUGAGACCAGCUCGACCACCUACUCGACCACCCGGUCGAGUUUCCCAACUCGACCGGCCAAGCUUCAACUCGAUCGAGCUGAGAAGUCAACAGUCAAACCCGAAAAAUGUUCCUUCCCCCUUGACUUUCCUUUGACCCUAAACCUAAAUUCUCUUGUAUUUAAAGGCUGA